UUUUAGUAUCUGUUUUUCAGAUGAAGUGCGUACUCUCCCUAUUAUUAUUAGCUCUGGCUGUGAUCUCCAACGCUGCAACAGUGCCAAAUGUUAACAGGAAUAAUAUAAACAUCGGCUACGUUCGACCGGGAGACAGACUGUUGCAGAGGUAUGAUAUUUUCCUCAAAGACUCGCAUAUCGGCUAUCGUCGCGACCGAGGUCGGAGCGAGGCAGUUCGCUUCCGCCUGGAUUACCCGUGGUGGAAUAGGAUACAACAACGUUACGAUCAGAGUGCAUUAGUAUCUGUUUUUCAGAUGAAGUGCGUACUCUCCCUAUUAUUAUUAGCUCUGGCUGUGAUCUCCAACGCUGCAACAGUGCCAAAUGUUAACAGGAAUAAUAUAAACAUCGGCUACGUUCGACCGGGAGACAGACUGUUGCAGAGAGCCUCCGUCUACAAGCCUCCUAGAGCGAAUACGAUUCAGUACCAAGAUUACGUAUACCGCGGUAACGCCAGGACUCGCAUAUCGUCUAUCGUCGCGACCGAGGUCGGAGCGAGGCAGUUCGCUUCCGCCUGGAUUACCCGUGGUGGAAUAGGAUACAACAACGUUACGAUCAGAGUGCAGUCAGCUAGAGGAUACGGAUACAAUUACGCGAUUAAUGUUUGGGGACAAUAAAUAAAUAAUAACACACAUUCUGCUAUGGAUAAAUAUACUGAAUUAAAUUUUUUUAUAUGAG